UGUAAGCGUCAGUCUGAGCCCAGAUACGCCUGUUUGUGGGCGGCAUGUCGGUCAGUGCAGUGCUUUAUAUCAUUAAUUUUGCUAAUUGCUAUCAAAACGGAUAGAAAAGAAGCUAAAGAAGAAAGAGAAGUGAUAAACGACAACGAGAGGGGAUUAUUCAAUAAAUCAAGAUUAUGAUCAAACAAAUAAAAUAACACCGAGGUGAAGGAAGAGACGACGGAGAAAAAUUAGUGCUGUCAGCUACUUUUCAUGGAAAGUCUGCUGGAAAAGUCGCCAAAUCGAAAUGACAGGGGAGACGAAAGCAACAAAAACUAUAAAUCCAAGAAACGAUCCUGUUAAGAACUUUGAAAAGUGGAAGAAAAAAUACGACAAAACUAAAAAACGUGUUAAACGCCAGAAAAAGCAGAUUAAAAAACCCGAAUGGCAGAUUGAAAAGGAAAAAAUCAAGAAAUUGGUCGAUAAAUAUUCGGAGAUAAACACCAAGGAUGUAGUGAAGUUUUCAGAUUUCCCAUUAUCAAAGGAAACAUUAAGAGGACUGUUAGAAGCCCAGUAUCGGCAGCCCACGGAGAUCCAGAAGCAGACCAUCGGCUUUGCUCUGACAGGGAAAGAUGUGCUGGGUGCCGCAAAGACUGGUUCUGGCAAAACGCUGGCCUUCCUUAUCCCUGUCCUGGAGUGUCUGUUUCGCCAGCAGUGGUCAGCAGACGAUGGAUUGGGUGCCCUGAUCAUUUCACCCACACGAGAGCUGGCCUAUCAGACCUUUGAGGUUCUGCGAAAAGUGGGCAAGAAUCAUGAGUUUUCUGCUGGCCUCAUCAUUGGUGGAAAGGAUCUGAAGCAGGAGUCCGAGAGGAUCCACCGCACCAACAUCAUCAUCUGCACCCCGGGCCGCCUGCUGCAGCACAUGGACGAGACCUGCACCUUCCACGCCUCCAGCCUGCAGGUGCUGGUGCUGGAUGAGGCCGAUCGCAUCCUGGACAUGGGGUUUGCGGACACGCUGAACGCCAUAGUGCAAAACCUCCCCAAGACUCGGCAGACGCUGCUGUUCUCAGCGACUCAAACAAAAUCUGUGAAAGACCUGGCCAGACUGAGCCUGAAGGAUCCUGAGUACGUCUGGGUCCACGAGAAGGCCAAGUUCAGCACCCCUGCCACCCUGGAGCAAAGCUACCUGGUGUGUGAGCUUCACCACAAAGUCAACCUGCUCUUCUCCUUCCUGAAGAGCCACCUGAAGAAGAAGAUCAUCGUCUUCUUUGCCUGCUGCAAGGAGGUGCAGUACCUGUUUCGCGUGUUCUGCCGACUCCGCCCCGGCAUCCCCGUCCUGGCUCUUCACGGCAAGCAGCAGCAGAUGAAGAGGAUGGAGGUCUACAACGAUUUCAUCGGCAAGAAGGCGGCUGUGAUGUUUGCCACCGACAUCGCGGCCCGAGGCCUCGACUUUCCUGCUGUUAACUGGGUGCUGCAGUUUGACUGCCCAGAAGAUGCCAACACUUACAUCCAUAGGGCCGGAAGAACUGCCAGGUACAAAGAAGGUGGUGAGGCCUUGCUGGUCCUGCUGCCCACCGAGGAGAAGGGGAUGAUCAAGCAGCUCCAGGAAAAGAAGGUCCCCAUCAACAAGAUCCAGGUUAACCCCGCGAAAAUGACCAGCGUCCAGCAGAAGCUCCAAGCAUUCUUGGCCCAGGAAAAGGAGCAGAAAGAGCGUGCUCAGAGGUGCUUUGUCUCCUACCUCCGCUCCGUCUACCUGAUGAAGAACAAGGACGUCUUUGACGUGUUUCAGCUGCCGCUACAGGAAUAUGCAGGCUCCCUAGGGUUGGCUGUAGCCCCGAGGGUGCGCUUUCUCAGCAAGGCCAGGCAGCAGAGAGGAGGCGCCGAGGCGACUCCAGCCGCCGGACCGGGCAACCAUCCGGAGGAGGAGGAUGAGGAGCUGGAGAGCUUCCGGGCUCAGGUCCGAGGAGAAAGGCUCCCUCCCUCGGUGCCAGGGACGGAUGGCGAGGCCCUUGAUGCCCUCAGGUCUGUGCCCAAAGCUGAGGAAGAGGAGGAUCCAUGUGACAGCCAGGAUGAAGAGCAGUCCGACAGUGAGCAAGACUCCAAGAAUCACGUUUUUGGGCAGGUCAUCGACGAGGAAGAUGAUGAGAAAGAUCUCGACUUGUUCACCGUUAAACGGAAAGACGUCUUCAAGUCGGAAGAUGAGGACUUUGCAGAGGAAGAGAAGGAGGAAAAGGCACCUAAGAAGAAUCCAGGAAAAGAGUCGAAGUUCAAAGAAGUCAAGAAAGUCCUAAAGAGAAAAUUAAAAGUCAAUACCAGGAUAACCUUCACUGAAGACGGAGAGAUGGUGCAGCAGUGGCCCCCGCUACAGAGGACGGCCGCACCAGCUGGCUCAGACGGCGAGGAGCCGUCCGGCAUCAACGUGGAGAAGGCCCGCGAGAGACUGCGCAUCGAGGACCAGGAGUUCGACAAACAGGAGUACAGCCGCAAAGUGAAGGAGAAACACAGGGCAAAAAGGCUGAAGGAGAGGGCUGCCAGGCAGGAAGCCAGCAAAAAACAAAAAGAGCAAAGUAAAGGUUCUUCUGGCGAGUCGGACGAAGAGGAGGUGGUGGCUUUUCUGGGGGGCGACGACGACAGCAGCGGGGAGGAAUUCGACCCCAGCACCCUCCCCGACCCAGACAAGUAUGCAGACCCCGAGCGGAACGACGACAGCAGUGUUUCCUCCAGUGACGGAGUGAGGAAGAGGAGCCGUCCCGCUGACAGCUCCAGUGAAUCGGAUGAAGAGGAGGCCCCAGCGCCCAGGAAGAGAACCAAACGGCGAGACAGGGGCGAGCUGGAGACCCUGGACACCGGCCUCUCCCUGGUCGAGGACGAGGAGCUGGUCCUUCAUCUACUGGGACAGCGAAACUAGAAGAUUCCGAGAUGCCUUUCGGUUUCAGUUCAAUGUUGGUUCUGUUUUUAAAGAAUCCCAGGUUAUGGGGGCUCCGAACUGGCCUGCUGGUUAUGGUCACUCGUGAACCACUAGGAGUGACGGGCGGCACGUCGUUUGGCUCGGUGGCUGAGCGAUCGCAAGCUGGCAGGCUGCUCCUCUCGUUGACUCUGCAGGGGCACAUUUAGGCGCCGACCUCUGUCUCUAUCGCUCUGUGGUUGCUAUGGUGUUAAUGAAUCAUAACUGCAGGCAGGUAUAGUGAGAAAUGUGCUGCCACUGCCUGAUAAAAGUCCCCAGAGCAGAUAAACAGGCAGCAGAGCUUAGGAUACGUUAUCUGUGGCCUUUUUAUGCCAAGGGUCUAUCCUUUGUUUCCAGCCAAUUUGUUCCAUGCAUUAUAGCUCUUGUGAUACAGGCUUAUAUUUGCAAGUUUACAUUUGAAAUCUUCUUCGAACAGACUAUCAGAUAUGUUAAUUAUUGCAAAUGUGUGCUCCACUGUCUCUUCAUUCCUGUUGACUGCUUAUCGAUAAUAAACGUCUAUCAUAUUUCA